UUUAUUCCUGGCUGGGCAAAAGAAUCCUAAUGGUACCAGUUAGCAAUAGUGCUUUACACAGACCCCAAUUGCUCUCCAUUUACUUUCUGGAAUCUGGAUAUGCCACUAAAACUUCGAUUUGGCACAUACCUCACUAACUAAUGGAUCCUAUGGAAGCUUCUCAUUGACACCAAUAUUGGUACAGACUCUGGAAGCUUUCCAUUCAUUCACCAUUUCCAAAAGCAAAGCCCCCUUAUGGGUAACAAGGAAAACAAUCUAACUUAAAGCUUUAUUCACAGAGGGGAAGAGGAAUUGGGUAGAGCAGAGUCGAGUUAAUCAUCCAGAAAACAAAGCAUGAAAGCAGUGACUCGUUAAGCAUAUCAGAACCCCUAUUGGGUUGGAACUUGGGUCUCAUGACUGUCAUUUAUGAGAUCUUCCCACUUCGUCUUCUUCUUCAUUAUGAAUGGACGACCCAAAACCCAUAAUGUUUUUCAGAAUUCUUAUAGAGAUAACCAGGAAUUUUGAAUGAGAUCUAAUGGUUUUCUGGGGUCCCGGAAAAUCCGAUCGAACUGUAUUGCUCAGAGCUGGUUUUCAAUUUUCAGAUACUGAUGCGAUAUAGUUAAAAAGCUCGUUGACCAUGAGUUUCACCUUGAGGCUUCAGUUUCCACUUCCACCACGGAAGCCUAAGUGGAUGACGUGGCUCACACUGAGCGGAUGGGUCCCUAUAUAAAUGCCUCUGUGGCACCUAAAAAGGGUUAUUCUCUGUUCCCAUUUCUUCGUUUUAAAGCUCUUCAUUGACGUACCCUUCUACGCGAGUUGCAUUUAAGCGGAUUUCCUGGACGAUCGAGGGUUUCUCUGGUUUCGUUUCUUCGGACUUCACAAACCAGAGACAACCACCGAUCUCUGUCGAUCUCUGGUUCGCCUUUGAAGUGAAACAGAGGACCUUGGAUCUCUUCUUUUGCGUUCUUGCCUCUCAAUUUUGUUAGAUUUAAGGUUAGUAUCUAUUUGUAUACAAGAUGGGUGGCUUCAUAUCGAGAUUUUGGUUUAUGUUGUUUCCGGCGAAGGAGUAUAAGAUAGUGGUGGUAGGACUAGAUAACGCUGGUAAGACAACAACCCUUUACAAAUUGCACCUGGGAGAAGUCGUCGCUACACAUCCCACGGUUGGGAGUAAUGUGGAAGAGCUUGUGUACAAGAACAUUCGGUUCGAGGUCUGGGAUCUUGGUGGGCAAGAGCGGUUGAGGCCAUCAUGGGCAACAUACUAUCGUGGGACUCAUGCUGUCAUUGCGGUGAUAGACAGCACCGACCGUGCAAGGAUCAAUAUUAUGAAGGAUGAACUCUUUCGAUUGCUCCAACAUGAGGAUCUUGAACAUUCAGUCAUUCUUGUCUUUGCAAACAAGCAAGACCUCAAGGAUGCCAUGUCCCCAGCUGAGAUCACUGAUGCCCUUUCACUUCACAGUAUCAAGAAUCAUGAUUGGCACAUCCAAGCUUGUUGUGCCCUCACAGGAGAAGGGUUAUAUGAUGGUUUGGGGUGGAUAGCACAGCAUGUGACUGGCAAGGACUCGAGUUAAGAUAGCCCAGGCUGUGAUAAGGACGAGAAUUAGCACAUUCCCCAAUCCCAUUGUGGGUGCUGUGGAAGGAGAACAACUUGUUUUGUGUACAAUUCACGAGUUUUUUAUAAGCAGAUCUACAGAAUGUAUUUUCGCUUUGAUUGGCUUCAAAACAAGAAAAGAUUUUCAUUUCUUA